GUAUUCAACUAACAAGCCCAGACAUCCCACGAAACGGCAUCGCGACCAUUGCCCAAAUCCAAGCCGGAACACAAGCUGUCUUCAACAUGGCCCCAGACCUAAGUGCGCUCCUCGCCACCGGCGGAGCCCUCGACGGCGGCGACAUCCUCUCCACCAAGAUGAGCAUCGGCGGACCGGACGCACGCGUAGGCAUCCUAAAUGGCGCGCUCAACUUCCUCCUCGGCACCCCCUCGGGCAUCGCAGGCCACGGCAAAUUCAACGAAGGCGACGCCUCAGCCACACGCUUCGACUUCUACCUCCAAGGCGACAACAUCUCCUUCCAACCCUCCCUCUUCAAGCAACUCCACCAGCAAGCCCUCGCCCACGGCAACGGCACCUAUAACACCGACGCCAUCAAAGAGCACUUCAAAACCCGCUACGCCGCCUCUCGCGCCGCAAAUGCUCAAUUCUACUUCAACCUCCCCUCCGCAGGCGUCGUAAUGGGCGCCUACUACUUCAUACCCGGUUUCUUCUCAAACGGCACCAUCGCAAACGAAGCUUCCAUCACGAGUUUCUACGGCGCGAAGCCCAAGCAAGGCGGGAAGUGGAACGACCCGGAGUUGGAAUACACAAGCGUCCCCGAACGCAUUCCAGAGCAGGGCUGGUACCGCCGCGCGACACCCAUGACGGUCGUCGAGGCCGCCGCAGGUAUCCUGGACGUCUAUCUGUACGCUAGACCGGCGAUCGGGGGAGCGGGCGCGGAUCAGUCAUGGGUUGUGGGACCCGUGGAUUUACCUAACAACCCCCAGGCGCUGUCGUGUUUCCUUUAUAAUGCUGUCUAUGCGAAUUUCCCGAGUGAACUAUUCAACUCGGUGGUGCUGGUGCAGAGUGUGGUUAAUUUCUUGAGUGGCAUGUUAGUGCCGGGGUUUAAGGCGUUGGGGUGUCCUAAGGAUUUCCCGGAUAUGAGUGGGUUCAACUCUGCGGGUUAUGAUGAGUGGGCAAAGGGGUACACGGGGGAGGCGAAGACGAAGGCUGUGGGGAGUGGGUGGUAUAGGAAAGGGUGAAAUAAUAAUAAUAAUAAUAAUGUUGGCGGU